CAAAAGGCGGGCGUAGCCCUUUCUCUUCUCUUCCCGCCAUUUCUUCCUCUCCACCGCAGCUGGAGCCCUCCCUCUCUCUCUCUAGAGUUCCUAGGAAAGAAAGGAAAGAUGCUGUGGGUGGACAAGUAUCGACCAAAAACCCUAGACAAGAUCAGCAUCGUCCACGAAGACAUUGCCAAAAACCUCAAGAAACUUGUGUCGGAGCAGGACUGCCCUCAUCUCCUCUUCUACGGCCCACCUGGCUCCGGCAAGAAAACCCUAAUCAUGGCACUCAUCAAGCAGAUGUUCGGGCCCGGUGCUGAAAAGGUGAAGAUUGAGAACAAGAUAUGGAAAGUUGAGGCUGGAACUAGAACGAUUGAUUUGGAAUUGACCACAUUGUCAAGCACACACCAUGUAGAACUGAAUCCCAGUGAUGCGGGCUUCCAAGAUCGCUAUAUCGUUCAGGAGAUUAUCAAAGAGAUGGCAAAAAACAGACCGAUCGACACAAAAGGGAAAAAGGGGUUUAAAGUAUUGGUGCUUAAUGAAGUUGACAAGCUCUCAAGAGAAGCUCAGCAUUCUCUCCGAAGGACAAUGGAAAAAUACAGUGCAUCUUGUCGGUUAAUUUUGUGCUGCAACAGCUCCUCAAAAGUAACUGAAGCAGUCCGAUCUCGUUGUUUGAACGUGCGAGUUAAUGCUCCAACAGAAGAACAGGUUAUUGGAGUACUAGAGUUAAUUGGGAAGAAGGAAGGGCUACAACUUCCAGCUACUGUGGCAGCUCGUAUAGCAGCUCAAUCGAACCGAAGUCUAAGAAGGGCAAUAUUAUCUUUGGAGACUUGUCGGGUGCAGCAGUAUCCUUUCACCAAUAAUCAAGCUGUUCCACCCAUGGAUUGGGAGCAAUAUGUUUCUGAGAUAGCAUCUGAUAUCGUGCAGGAGCAGAGCCCUAAAAGGCUAUUUUUAGUCCGUGGGAAGUUAUAUGAGCUACUUGUCAAUUGCAUUCCUCCUGAAAUCAUUUUGAAGAGACUGUUGUCUGAAUUAUUGAAGAAGUUAGAUUCUGAAUUGAAACAUGAUGUUUGCCAUUGGGCUGCUUAUUAUGAACACAGGAUGCGACUCGGGCAGAAAGCUAUAUUUCAUAUUGAAGCAUUUGUGGCCAAGUUCAUGAGUAUCUACAAGGGAUUCCUGAUCGAAACAUUUGGCUGAAGAUCUCAAACGGUAUAUCCUCUUGCAGAACCCGAAUAUCUCAAGGUACUGGCAUCUAAUUCCAUCUUCGGGUGAUUGAUCUAAAGAGCUGCACAUCAAUCAUGUGUUCUUUUAGAUGGUUAUUAGGAAGUGAGGAUCCAAGCUAAUGCUCGUUUAACCAUUCGAUUUUAAUGGAUCUAGAUCAUCUAUGUACAUGAGUAAAGAGCCAAGAUGCUUUAUUGUGGCUGGGUUUAAUCUUAUUUUAAAACAACCAUUUGGUUGUUGCAACUUGCUUUUCUCUGGUGAAGAUACUUUAUUGUGGCUGGGUUUAAUCUUAUUUUAAAACAACCAUUUGGUUGUUGCAACUUGCUUUUC